AUGUACGUCUUCUGGAAUGCCGAAACCGUAACGCCGUGGGGAUCGGAUGAGCGGAAUGCGGAAUUAUUCGGGAUCGACAAAAUCAUCGUUCAUCCUGAAUUUUUCGAAGACCGCACGACGCUGGAGAACGACUUCCACGAUGAUAUUGCACUGUUAACGGUGAAGAAAGGCGCCAACUUCUCACACGUCGUCACCCCGAUCAUGAUCCCGGACCGCUUCAAAUGGGAUGACUGGGAGGGGCCGUUGGAGUUGAUGGGAUGGGGCCGGACCGAGAUCGAGAGUAUGUGUGGAUUCGAAAGACCUUCCCAAAGAGCAUCUACUAGCCUACUUUCAAACCUG